UCGGAGCGGCUGCAGGAGGAGGACGGAGGAGCGCAGCAUUUCUCCGAGUCUCAGGCUGGAAGGAUGCGGCUCUGGACCUUCUCAGCUGUGCUGCUGUCCCUCUUUGGCUCAGGACUGGCCCUACAGAUCCAGUGUUACCAGUGUGAGAUGACACAGGACUGCGCUACGCCAGAGUUCAUCGUCAACUGCACCGUGAAUGUGCAGGACAUGUGCCAGAAGGAGGUGCUGGUGAAGGAUGACGGGAUUCACUACCGCAAGUCCUGCGCCUCAUCAGGAGCCUGUCUCAUCGCCUCCUCUGGCUACCAGCAGUUCUGCACCAACAAGCUCAACUCAGUGUGUAUCACCUGCUGCAACACACCGCUGUGCAAUGGCCCACGGCAGAAAAAACGGAACCCGUCGUCGUCCUCCGCCGUCGCCCAGAUUACGCUGCAGCUCCUCCUGGUCCCUGUUUGCAUCCUUCUCCUCCUGCUGGACUCCAUCCUCUGCUGACAGAAUGUGAAGAUGAUAUCUUCUUGAACUUUGUGAUUUCAGAUAUGUGUUUUUAUAUGUGAUCAAGCUUUAAGAUGUAAAGAUCCUGAGUGUCUGCUCCCAAAGACGGUCAGCUUUGGUCAUUUCACAUAUAAAAGCCAUGGUGCUGCCCUGGGAGGAGCUGGCUGAGGCCAGAUGGAGCUGCCAGUUUGUCGAAGUGGAAAAUUGUGCGGAUUUUCCAGGAUGCAUUAAUUCCUGUUAGUUUUACUGAUGCACUCAAUACAAUAACAGCAGGAAAGACCAUAAAUAUAGAUUAAUGUAAGAAAAUAUGCCAUUUUACCUAAAUUCCAUCAUCUCUACAGGACAGUAUUAGCAUGCCAAUAAAAACGGGUUAGUUAUAAACAUAUAAUAAGUCAAUUAUUACAGAUUCAGUUACAGUGUUUACAGUAAAACAAUAUGACAUAUGGUACCAACAGGUUAGGUUUUACACUAAUUAAAGGUGUACUUCAUAUAUUAUUGAAAGCCUUUUUGGCUGAAUCGUUUCCUAGUGUUGCCCCUCAACGUCCCUAAGCUGCUUCAUCAUAGAUCCCAUAGGGAAGUGGAUGGAAAACAGCUCCUCUUCAACAAGCUGAAGAUGCAUCAGUUGUCUCUGAUUACUGUUACCUAAACCAACAUGAUGCAUGGAUGCACUCUGCUUUUUAGUAGAGAAUACAUUAUGCAUGGCUUUACUUUAACUUGCUCCCAGUAUCACCACAAGAUGGCGAUAAAGUGCCAAACCUCAUCCUUCUUUGCGCGGCUGGCAGUGGCAGUUGGCUAUGGAAGCAAAUCGUUACCAUAUUUCAAAUGAAAAAGCAUUUCCAGAAAUACUUUUUCAUUUUAAGAAUGUGACUGCAUUAUUUGACCCAUAAAUAAAAUUAGUAAUCAAUCAUCCUAUUUGCA